CAAAGUUUUUGCUCAUUGAGCGCAUUAGGCAGCGUCACUUUGCGGUUUUCACCCAACUGCAUAGAUUUUGCUUGACCAAGCAACAAACAAACAGAUAGACAGACAAUAACUUUUAACUUUUGGUGACAUCUUUUGUCUAGCAACUCUGGUCGUCUGAAACUGUGAAACACGGUCUGAAAAAAGGAAAUCCUGUGACUCGCAAGCCUGCAACUGUGUGGGUAGAUCUCUGAAAAGUUGUGAUUCUACAAGCAUGCAGCGAGGGGUGACUCAAAAAAGACUUUCUAGCAAGCUGUUUGACUCUCUGAAGGAGUAUCUGAACAACAGGAACAGACUACAACCCAUUAUUGGCCUGGGCAGUAUUAUAGAAUGUGUGAAGAUGGGGUCAGACAGCAGAGAAGCACUUUACCUGUGUGAGGUUUGUGUGUGUCGACUCAGUAUAUCUGACAUGCGAAACCACAUUAUGGGAAGUCUCCACAGAUACAAUUACACUAAAGCCUGGCACCCCAAUUUUGUGUCUGAAUGGAAGGAGAGCUCAGACCUGUCACUGCUGGCCUGGCCACUGAUGGAGAAGGCCAAGAUGCUUGAGGAAAAAGAGGGACCUGGGGAUAUUAAGAUGUUUGAGGUUGAAGAUGCUGUAUACCAGAAGAUUGCAAGACAAAGUGACAGUGACGCAGUCACUCUGAUAAAUUCCUUAAGACAUGGACAGUGGUGGAAAGACCUUGAGAGCUGUUCAGAGGCUACAUCUGUGCCACAGAGGAUUGUAUUGCUUGGCCAGGGCCACCAGAGACACUCCAAGAAAUCCUUCAAUGCUGACAUGAAAUCACAGAAGUCCUCAGCACAAACUAACGAGCCUCCAUCUCUAAUCCAGUCAACUUUAGCUCCUUCUAUCGACUCAAACAGCUGGUUAGAUAACAUCUCUACAUCACAGUUAGACAAUACUCGGACGUCAGACGAUAGCAACAGCUUUAUAGAUGGCUACACAGGAACCAAGCUUCUUAUUGGUCUUUCCAGAGUGGUUGAGUGUAGAAGUGAAGAUGGUCACACAUACUGUUUCAUGUGCCACUGCUGCCGCAUCAGAAUCAACAAAAAGGACAUCAUUGAUCACCUAACCAGCACUUGCCAUCUUGUCAACUACUUGGUGGAAUCUCAUCCUGAGCAGGUGGAGGAUAUUAAUGACAAUCAGCUUCUCCAAUCACUGGCAAAGAAGGUGGAGCAAGAGGAGGGCAGAGGAGAGCUGGAGGUGGUGAGUGCACCAGAAUCCAUCUGUAUCUUACUGACUGGCAAAAGUUACCACUGGUGUAAGUACAGAUAUAUGCCUGUCCACUGUUUUCUUGUUUGGCCAUAAAACAUUCACCUCUUUAGCCCCAACUCUCUGUUCUUGAGGAGGGACUCCUGAUGUAAGUAUAAAGAUUGUUUAACUCUGCCCCCUCACACUGACACUUUUUAUUACUUUUCUUUGCUUGAAUAGGUGCUCUGCAUAAAAAUGAUACUCCACAAGAUCUCAAGUUUGAAACACUCACUCCCUCCUGGAACUUAUCCUUGUAUUAUCUAUUGUUGUAUCAUUCACCCCUUUUUUAUCUUGAUUUUUCCUCUCUUAUUGUACUUAUACAGCACCCAAGCAUACUAUCAUAACUACUAACUUACUCUUUCUGUCAGUGAAUUUUGUGAACACAGUUUGUUUUUCUUUGUAUACCCCUCGUAUUGUUUUCUUUUUGUCCCAGGUUUAAAGAUGCUGUGUAAGGGAUGGACACAAAAUAACACUGAAAAGAGGAAAAUUGCUGUCGAAGGGCCAAUUGUCAACAAGACCUUCUGUCAAGGCACGCCAGAGAAAUGUGCUGUAGGGCUGUCAAAACGGGCACAAAGAAAGAAAGCAAAAAGAAAGAUGAGGAAAGUGACUAAUACGGUGUUUAAGGUAAGCUUACCUCUCACCAAAGGUGCAAUACUGCUGGAGAGGACGUCUUUCAACAUGGACAGCCUCCCUGUGUCAUCAUACUCCCCUUCAGCCGACUCGGAUGUCAUUCCCUCGCCAGAAACCCAGACAGAGGAAUAUGAGUUAGACUGGGACUCUGGGUCAUUUGCCAUUAACCACUCUGAGCACACAUCAAUGUGUGCACCCUCGCAACUUCAGCAAGAUUUUGGUAGAGGAGAUGCAGGCUCUGGUCAAUACGUGGGACCAGAAAGAAACAUCACUGUCCCUCAGUAUCAGGAAGUAGAUGGUUAUUUCAAUAACGGUGAUUACUUCAGCCAGUCUAAACACAUAAAUAAUAAACAAAACCAAGGAGCCUGUGAGGAAAGGAAUUACAAUAGACUGCCUCAAUCACAAGGAAGAUCAAAUAACUUUUAUGCAGAGUGGCAAAAUCAAGGACAGUUACCUGCUGUGUCCCGUGCUCAGGAAUGGUCAUCUUAUCCCUCUUCUGACAGACGUGAGGAGGGUUACACUGAGCAAUGGUACAAUUCAUCUUUCCAGAAUGGAUUUGACUCAAGAGUGGAUGUACCCAGAGGGGAGAGACACGAGAUAAGCUCAAAUGCUACCCAACAGUAUUGCCAGCAACAGCCCACUACGCAAUACAUGGCACAACAUCAUACACGUCUUCCUGUGGGAAGUGUGGGACACUAUGGUUUGUCUGGUGAACUGGCUCCUCAUUUAGUUGCUGCUGGGAUUAACGUGCAUCCUCAUCUAGGAGAUUCCCAUGCUCACAGCGACGGCAUUACACCAGAGACUGGAGAACAAUUUAAGAUGGAACAGAGACGAUUGCAAACAUACGCAGAGGUCACAACUGGCCACGUCCCAAUGGCUCCACAAAGUCAUAUGAUACAACCUUUGGCCUAUCAAGCUAUUAAAGUAGGCCACAGGGGGAUGUCUACAAAUGCUGACCAGCUCUUUCUUCAUCCAGGCGGUGGUGGCAGCAGUGGCAUGUCCUAUUCAAAUGAAUACAUCCCACCUGGGCAAGCUCAGCGUUAUGAAGCCUACUCUGAUCUUAACAUCAAGGUCACUGGUUUUUCAGGUGGGAUGAUUUCAGGGAAUGUAACUGGAACACCACACUGGAACAUGUAUGCAUAUCCUGUUUCUGCAUACAGUACCCCAUCUCACUGACACCACAUUUCCACUGACUGCUGGCAUGGUUUCAAUGGUUUCUGUCAUACUACUUCAUGUUUUUCUAAAAGAAAACAUGUAUGAUUAUCUAAAAAAUGUGAAUCUCCUAAUAGAGGAAGCUUCUCAAUGUUAUAUGAAAUAAAUUUAGCAUUGUCCCUAUUGACUUUCAGUUUUAACAUUCAUAUUUAAUAUGACAAAAUACAUAGACUAACAUGAAGCCAACAUGUUUUCUAUAAUAUGUUUGGAAACAUAAAGAGGUCGCUAAUUCGAAUUUUGGGACAUGACUAAUAAUGAAAUCGACUGGUUGUAAAAUUGUAAUGACUCCAUCAUUUAAUAUGGACUAAACUGCUGUUACAAAAUGGACUGAAAUGCUGAUUCUGUGUUUUUUACAUUCUUGAGUGUGAUUUUUCUUUUUCUUUUUUUUCUCUUCUGAACUUCAGGAUAAUAGUCAAUUUUAGGUCAAGUCAAUUUGAUUUGUAUAGCUGAAUAUCUAUAAUAGCUACAUUAUCUGGUUACAUAUCAAUAAACAUCACUGCUUUUUGAGUUAGUACUGAGCACAAUCCUAACACCACUUUACGUUUUUCUUAUGUGAGAAAUAUAAAAUUGACUCAAGCCGUGCUAUGCAGAAGAUAAUGAGAUAAUUUAAAGUGAAAUGUACCAUAAUUUACUGAUAAGAUGAGGUUUUAAAUACAUACCCAAAAUGAAGUGAGAGUACAAAACAUCCUCAGUAUUAUUAAACAUCACGUUAUAUUUUUCAGUGCUUCAUAUCUGUAAAGAAUAACAAAAGUUGGGAAAAUCACAGUGAGGCUGUGGUUCGUGCUUGUUAAUAUGUUAAACUAUUGACACUGAGAUUUUCUUUGUCAUUUGGACCAUUACACCUAUGUGACUGGGUUUAUUAUACAAGUAGUGCCCGAAUAACUCCAUGAUGACUUUACAUUCAUUAAUUGUGUGAUAACUUUUAAGUAUGUUCUUGAGUAGAUUUUCUUAAAUGAUCUUACCUGAUCAUGUUAAUGUCAUGAAACAAUAUCAAGUAUAUUAUUUAACUAAAUGUCAUGUCAAAACAUCAUCCUGGAUGAUUGUGAUCCAUUUAGCUGAUUUGGUGCACCACAAGAUACAUAUUUUUGUUAACUGGCAUAUAAUUAGAAGGAUGUGAGAUCAAAUGUUUAUUAUUUGUUUGGUCUGGUUUGUGGUUUGGUUUCAAUUUAAGGUGACAUUAAGUUUCUCAUUUAAAUCACAUCUCUUAAUGUUGUCUGCUGAAUCUGUUGUACUUAAGUUUGAAAAAAUAAAAGCACUUUAUA